CCGGUUCAGGAUCUUCGUAAGGAAGUGGAAUAGAGAAACAUAGCCCAAAGUUAUGUAUGUCUAUGAAGUCGUUAUUGCGUCACACGACACCAGGCUCCAAAUACCAUGUCGGUUUCCGUAUCUCAGGCCAGGACGUUGGAAUUCAAGAAGAUUAGCUUUAUUGGAUGGUUUCUGUACAUUCUCUAAGUCAGGUGUGUAUAUCCGCUCAUGUGCAUCGACCUCUCAUCAAUUGUACAACAACAAGGGGUCUCUUCCUAUUCUUCCGACAGAUCGCUGAUAUGUAUAGUCGCAAGAAACCAUUCAUCUUUAGCUCCUUCUUUCAGCUUGUGUUUUCACUAGCUGGAAGUUUAGUUAAUGCUGGCUAGACCCUCGUUAUUCUAUGAGGUUUACGAGGCUUUGGGGCAGCUGUAUCCAUUUCCUCGGCGUUGGGCACGCAUUCCCGAUAUCUCGUGCAUGGUCAAUUGCUUUUUUUUUAAAACUUUUGCAGCUGGUGCCUCCAUUUGGGGUGUUUUGGAACCGUGGUCGUUGGCACAGGCAACACUGACUCGCGACUUUCUACAUUCUCGGCGAUGUGCUGCAACAGUGUUGAUAUCCUUCUAUGCUGAUAAAGUGACGUCCGGACUUGUGUUUAUUGUCUUUGUUCUUGGGCAAGGCUCUCUCGCACUGCAAGGCUGGCAAUUGGCUUAUAUUAUCGCCACGCUCAUUUGUCGGCGUCUUCUUUGUGCGCUCCUUCAUCGUAUGGAAGCGUUUCAUGGAGAAAAUUACGGAGCUAGAUUAUUUGGCAAGUCUACGUUUUAAUUUAACUGCGAGUCGCAGACCUGCGGUGCUUGCAUAAGUAUGUGAUGCACCUGA